UGCACGCGGGCGCUCCACGCGACCGCACGCGACCGUAACAAUAACACGUCAAAAUGAAGAAGUGCUUAUUAUUUUGUGUUGCAAUAACUAUGACUUUGACAGUGAGUGCGGAGUUGAGGAUCAAGAAGGAGAUACAAGCGUUGGCUGAGCAGAUAGAAAUAAUGAAGACCGUCCAUUUGACCGACGUGACUCGUCUGAAAAGGGAGAUUGGUGAACUCAAGGAAAUGAACCUGCUACACGCAUCCAACACUCAUGAGAAGAACGAACAGAUGGCUCUGGAGUGGGCUAAGACCUCCGUGAACGAACUUCGGGUGGAGAUGAAGGAGAUUAGCCGCAGUGUGAACAACUCUGCUCUUCUGAGGCAGCUGCAUAUCAUCAGGAAUGAGCUCAAGCAAGCUUUGAUGGAGACCACGGACUUGGCGCAGAUGGCUCGCACCCAGGAGGCCAGGGUGGACAAGCUGAACAGCGAGGUGGGGCAGCUGAAGUACGAGGGGCAGCAGAUGAGGACCAUGUGGUCCGAGGUUCGGGCGCAUGUCGGGAAGCUGGCCAAGGAGAUCAAGGCGAAGCAGCUAGCGGAGAUGAAUCCGGACUCCUACAACGACGUGCUGGAGUCGCACGAAGUUCGCCAUGGCGAGCCGAAGCCGGAGCACAAGUUGCGCCAUAACAAAAUGGUGCACGCGCAAAUCUCAAGACUCGCAAGGAGCCAAGACCAACUGGACGAGUUCCAACAGAGUCUUCAAACCCAAAUUCUGGAUAUACAGAAACGAAUGGACCACUUCGAGGAACCGAACUGGAAUCUGCUGUCUGCCAAAGUUGAAUUUCUGGAGCUGGAGAGCAAGCUUCUGACUGAAAAGUUGAAGAAUGCCACCCAGAAAAUAGCUGACUUUGACAAGGUCCACGCUUCUAUGUUGGAACUGAGGGAGGACUUAGAGAGCAUUGAAAAUAAGGCUGAUAAGAUUAUUCCCGAGUUCCGCAAGGAGAUAUCUAAACUGGAUGUCAGCUUCGCUCAGCUGAAUGCUCAAUCUUCGUACAUAAAGGAGGAUCAAGAGAAUCUACGGCAGUCGGUGAAGGCAAUCGCAGUGAGCGUCAGCAACGCCAUAGAUCGCGCUGAGAUGGACCGCCUCGAGGUUAAGAAGCUGAACGAUUGCGUCAACGAACUCCAAUCGAAGGCCAAACAGCAUUAUUUUCGGCUUAAUGAUCAUAUAAUGAAGAGCGAAGCCAAAAACGACGUCGUAGAUAAUAGUAACUCUGAAACUGUCCCUCUUCCCGAACUUAUGGGUGAAGUGAAGGAGCUCCAACCUGUGCAGAGAGAGUACGAAGAUCUGGUCAACCAACUCCCUAGGGACUGCUCCAGCAUUUCGGGCCCCGAUGGAGUAUACCUGAUCCACCCUGGCCAUUACCCUUUUGAUACCUGGUGCAUCAACGGCAGCACUUUGUUACAGCGUCGGUUCAAUGGCACUUUGGACUUCAAUCGUAAAUUUGGUGAAUACGUUCAGGGGUUUGGGAACCCCGCUGGCGAAUACUGGAUGGGGCUUGACUCUAUGCACAAACUGACCUCGGACAACUGCUCGGCCAUGAGGAUUGAUAUGACUGACAUUUAUGGCGGCAACUGGUAUGCCCAAUACGACCAGUUCUAUGUCGGCAAUGAGGAUUCUGGAUACGCUCUUGAGUUGAGCGGUUUCAAAGGGAAUGCCAGCGAUGCUUUCGAAUACCAAAACCACAUGGCCUUCUCCGCUAUCGAUCGUGACCGGGACAUCUCCAACACCAACUGCGCUGGUAACUAUGAGGGUGGCUGGUGGUACUCCCACUGCCAGCAUGUCAACAUCAACGGCAAGUACACUCUUGGCCUGACCUGGUUCGACUCUGCCAGGAAUGAAUGGAUUGCUGUUGCCACCACCCAAAUGGUGCUGUUCCGCCGCCCAGGCUGCGUGUAAAUCGUUGACGAGCGCACCAGAUUAAUGUCAUGAAUGUCAAAGUUCUAAUCAUACCAAAGAUAUCACUAGUAAACGUACUUAAUGUAAUAGAUUCAUGUUCUAGUAUUAAGCCUUCUAUUUCAUUCUUGACGCUAAACUAAUGCUGACUUUGUUUGUUCAUGUAUUUGAAGAUCCAUCAUGACAUUUCUUAACCGUUUAUGUGUAACAUCAGUCUGUAAUGACGUUUCUACGAGCGUUGUGUCUUUGACGCAAUUAUUUCAGGAAUUCGGUUAUUCUUCUGAGACUUUUCCAAUGACUUCAUUAAAAACAAUUUCAACUUUUAAAGACAUAUUACGUAGCUUAAGGUUAAUCAUUCCAAAUUUUUGAAUAUUUAAUAGCUAUAAUCCCAUAUACGAAUUUUAGAAAUAAGUAAACUAAGAUGAAGGUAUUGGCAGAUUGAAUGGAGUGUGUGAAUGAAACAAAUAUUAGUUGAAAAAAAAUCUUUAAAUAUUUAAAAUAAGGUGAAACUUGCAACAUGAUUUGGAUAACAAUUGAGGAUUAAAGAUGAUAAGGAUUCUAGCCAAUGUGGAAAACGGCGUUAAACAUUUUGCAAGAAAUUUGUAUAAUGAGUAUACGUAAAUAAAGUUGGGUGCUCAUAAGGGAAAUACAAUAAUCUUUGAUUAAGUAUCUUUUGUAUUAUAUUUUUUUCUAGUUUAUUUAGACUUAAGUAGGUAUCACAUAAAACAUUAAAUGUAUUAUUUGAAAUGAAUUGUCGCGCGUUGCACGGGGUCAGCUCGUGACUCAACGCAUAAUAGUCUAACGUCGAAACGAACAUCAUAAUAUGGGAUAAGUUUUUUAAUUUUAAUUGAAUAUCUGUUCCUUUACAAUGUUGAUACCAACUUUUAAUUGCAGGGAACAGCACUUUUUUUAUUACAUUCCAUUUAUUUCAAAUUUUCAACAAAUAAUUUCUAGUGUUAACUUUGUAUAUAUACUUACGAAACUUUAAACAAGACGUGUAAAAAAAAUUAUAGUUGAAGACUCAUGUCUUUUACCUAAGCUAGCAAAGUUUAUUACAAAAUCUUAAAACAUCUAAAUGGAAAAUUAUUUCCUUUUCAACAAUUAUGAGAUGCUGGCCCAAGAGUUUUUUAACAUAUAAUGAAAAUGUAUAUAUAAUAUACACACAAUAACAGUGUGUCAAAAUAAUAUAAGACUGUACGAAGUUGUCAAAAUUAAGGGUUAUUUUUAGAAUUGGCAUUAAAUUUUAAAUUAAUUUAUUGACUAUUUAUUAAGAUUUUUCUGGCGAUUGCCUUUUACCUAAUUGAAUGUGUCAUAAUUAUCGUGCCACAGUCUAUUUGUUUGUGACUCGGCUGAGCUGUGAGAAGUAGGUAACAAUUAUCUCAUUUAUGUAUUUUGGUUAAUUAUGCUUUUUGAUAAUUAUGAUAAAUAUCCAACACAAUUUAUGAAGAAAGAACUCAAUGUUCUUCUAAUUAAAAUUAACCUAAAGUAAAUUUAGGAAUAUAAAAAUGAGGUAAUGGAGUUACAGAGUUGUUAUUAAAAUUGAAUUGUUUCAGAAUGACAAGGAAAUGCAUUUAUUACGAUGUCAGAAUAUUUGAUUCGAUAAUAAAUAUGCAUCUUCUUCAAUUCACAAAAUUGCCGGAUAACGUAAGACGGUGAGAACGCGACCACCAGAGAUUGAAAAAGAACGCUAAUUUUAUUAAUUACAUUUUUAAUCGUAGAUUCAGCAUUUAAAUCGUUCAAUUUUAAUCAAAUAUUAUAGCGAUGUAUUUCAAUUUUAAUCACAUUUAUCAAAAUAUUUCAAUUGUAAUCACAUUUAUCAAAAUAAUUCAAUUAUAAUCAAAUUUACUCUAGCAAUAGAUUCAAGGGUGGUUGUUAUUUUUGGAACGAGUGCGAUUUGAGAAUCAUCACCAAUUUAGUUAGCUUCUUGGAAAGGCGCUUAUGGUCUGCUUGUUAUUAAGAUCCUUGAAGGGUUAGCCCUAAUAAUUUCAAAAUGAAAUGUGUUUGUGAACAAAAUAACGACUGCCCGCCCAGUUAUAGGUAAUGAUUGUAUUAGAUUCAAUGUACUCUCCAGUUAUUAUCUAAAUGUUAGCGUCAUACAUAACCAAUGUACCAAUGGAUUUAAACCAAAUAAACAUAACGACUAGA